UCUUUUCCGAUAAAGUUUUAGUUCGAGGGUUAGGGUCUUUAGCUUCUUUAGUGCGUCUAACAAAUGCAAGUAUUCCUUGUCUUUACGUGACUCACUCACGGGUAGCAUAUAAGGUACCCAUCCGGCUCACGCACAGUUCAUCUGUCGAAAUGGAUCUUGUCGAGAAGGCUAAGGAAGCCGCAGCCCAAAGAGCAGUUGACAACCACAUCAAAAACAACUACAUUGUGGGUAUUGGAAGUGGAAGUACGGUAGUCUAUGCGGUUGAGCAUCUGGCUCGUAGGGUAAAAGAGCAUGGGUGGAAGAUAUCUUGUGUACCUACAUCAUUUCAAGCUAAAGAACUGAUUCGGAAACAUGGCCUUGUGAUGACAGAUCUGGAAGAAAGCCCUGAGUUGAAUGUGGCAAUUGAUGGCGCCGAUGAAGUAGAUGCUAAGCUGACUCUAAUCAAAGGCGGAGGUGGAUGCCUUACCCAGGAGAAGAUUAUUGCAUCCUGUGCCAAAGAGUUUGUUGUUGUGGCUGACUACAGGAAAGAUUCCUCGACCCUUGGCGAGAACUGGAAGAAGGGCAUUCCUGUCGAGGUGAUACCAAUGUCCUAUGUCCCUGUGCAGAGGAAAAUAGAAAAGCUGCUUGGACAUAAGGCAGAAUUGCGGCAGGCAGCUAGAAAAUGUGGACCAGUUGUAACCGACAAUGGAAAUUUCAUACUUGACUGCAAGUUUACCCCACAGAAGGACUGGUCAGCUGUUAACACUACUCUGAAGAUGAUUCCUGGUGUUGUUGAAACAGGUCUUUUUGUUGGAAUGGCACACAAGGCCUACUAUGGGUUAAACGACGGCUCAGUGAAUGAGAAGAAAGCUGCUUGAGCUGGUUUUUCUGACUCGCUAUAUUUUUGUAUUCAUAUACCAAUUUGAAAAUUGUACAGUGCAUAGGCUAAGCUUCGAACAGACUUUGGCAGUGCAAUGCUAUAUUGGCUGGCUAGUCAACUUAUUAACAACUUGGAAGUUGCAAUUUGUAAGAUGGCUGGUGACAAAGGCCACUGGUAAUUUUACUCUUUUCAAGGGAUCAUUUUCCUCCUCUUAAGUGUAGAAUAAAUGCAUUUUU